UACCCUAUGUCUCAAUGGUCCAUACCGUCCAACAAAAAGCUAUCCAUUUCCUCCUCUGGAUUAGAGCAAGAAGAAAAGAAAGAGAAAAAAGGGUUCGAAGUGAAAAGGGAUGUCGCUGGAGGGGUGUCUCCGCUGUUACCACCAUCAUCAUUAUCACAUGAUGUCCGCGAUACUAUCAUCAGCCCUCUGCUGUAAUUCUCUUCCUGUCUCAAACAUCCGGAAUCUCGUAGAAAGGCCAAGGCCAAGGCUAAGGAAGAGAAUGGUAGUGGUUGCACAGCCGCCGACAUCAUCAACAAGUCGUACGAGGCUACCGGCUUUAGCAGCCGCUCUUUCAUCCCCACCACCGCUCGAUCUGACGGAAGACAACGUUACACAGGUUUUAGCCGAUGCCCGUGUGGAGCUGGCGCAGAUCUUCGACUCUUCUGUCGGCAUAACAGGAGUCGUUGAACUUGCUGAUUUAGAUGGACCUUUUGUGAAGAUUAGUCUUAAAGGUCGGUUUUGGCACAAACGUAGUGAUGUUCUGGCCAGAGUCGCCAAUUAUCUGAAGCAGAGGAUCCCUGAAAUCUUGGAGGUGGAUAUAGAAGAUGAGAAACAGUUGGAUGAUAGUCCUGAAAACUUUUGAGGAUGGGAAGAAUGUUAAGGGCAACUAUAUCUUGACAAGAGGGUCCUAUUUCUUGUAGUUCCUGAAUUGAUGACAAUGAAGGAAGCCUUGGAUUUUGGAUUUUGGAUUUUGGACAAUGAAGGAAGCCUUGGAUUGUGGUUCCUGAUAAGAGAAGAGACCAAACUCUCUCUCCCUCUCGGAAGCUUCUCUGCCAUUGACUUUCCGUGAGAUUAUAUGAUGGUCGAUCAUGCCUCAUAGUAUGUUCUAAUAUUUUAGGAUAUCGCUAUUUAAAACUUCUUGUUGUGGAUAAUUGUGGAGAAGAUUCUGGUUAAAUUAAGAAAGAUUGAUUCAUCAUGGUAAAGAGAAAUGCUAUAAAUUAUA